AUGAAUGUAAAAGAGCAAGCGGAAACUGAUACGUCACUUGCAGAACUGCUAGAACUUUUAGAAACUAAAGAACAAAUUCUUAAAAAACAUGAUUCGGAUAUAGAAGAUCUCAUAACUGAUCCAGAAAAAUUUAAAGCUGAAGUUAAGGUAUCAGAAGAGAACGAGGAAAAGAUUCUUUCUACUAAAAUAAAGUUAAAAAGUAAAAUUAAAGAAAUUAACAAGGAAAUAAAUCAUGUAGCUGAAUUAAGUCAUAAUACUUCUACUGAAACUGUAGAACACACCUUUUCGGCCCUUAAAUUAUCUAAAUUAGAAAUUCCCCGUUUUUCUGGUGAUUCCAAUUUCACGAAAUUCCUUAACUGCUUUAAUAGCGCAAUAGGUACAAAUGAUUCCCUAUCUAAAAUUGAAAAAUUUCAGUACCUAAAAUCCCUUCUUUCUUCCCCCGCCUAUAAUGCUGUUGCUGGAUUUGAAUUAAACGAUAAAAAUUAUGAUUCUUGCAUUGAACUAUUACAACAACGUUAUGGAUAUUUUAUGCCUCAUCGUGCAGUAAUUAGGAAUGACAAGGAAACAAGCCGCGUUCGUAUUGUUUACGAUUGUAGUAGUAAAGUAAAUGAGAAUAAAAAAUCUUUGAAUGAUUCGCUUGAAUCGGGAAUUAAUCUUUAUCCAAAUUUAUUGGAUAUAAUUCUUAAAUUUCGAGAAAAUCAAGUCGCAUUUUGCGGAGAUUUGGAAAAGGCCAAUCAUAUGAUAGAAAUUGCGGAAGAUGAUAGAAAUUAUCUAAAAUUUUUAUGGUUUUCGGAUGAAACAGAUAAUUCAAAAAGAAUACUUCAAUUUAAUCGCCUUCCUUUCGGAUUAACGACGUCAUCAUUUGUUCUUGCUUGUGUAUUAAAAUUUCAUAUUAGGAAAAUUAAGGAAGAUCAACCAAAUUGUUAUGAAAUUAAUUCUCUAUACGUAGAUGAUUUGUAUUACGGUGCUAAAACUAUUCACGAUGCGUAUCAAUUUUCUUCAUCGGCGAUUGAAAUAUUACGUGACGCCGGAUUUAAUUUAAGGAAAUUAAAAACUAAUUGUAUUGAACUAAAUGAACUCUGGCGUAAAAACGGAUAUGAGGAAAACACUGAUUUUGGGCAAGGAGCAGGUUUCUUAGGAUUAAAGUGGGAUCCUAUUGAAGAUAAAAUUAAAUUAGAUUUAAAGGAUUUAAGUCCUAAGGCUUACGGAGCCGUGGCAUACCUUCGUUAUAGAACAAUUGAAGGACAUAUCGAAGUUAAAUUCAUAAUUUCUAAGUGCAAGGUUGCUCCAUUAAAAACUUUGACUUUGGCUAGAUUGGAAUUGAUUUCAGCUCUCGUCGGUGCUAGAUUAGGGAAAUAUUUACAACACGUUUUUCCUAAUUUCACUCAACAGAUAUACUAUUGGAGUGACUCUAAAAUUGUUCUCCACUGGAUAAAAGGAUCUUCAAGGCUUUGGAAACCAUUUGUGUCAAAUCGAGUGGCAGAAGUGCAGACACUUAUGCUUCAAGAGUGUUGGAACCAUUGCAGCGGCGCGGAAAAUCCUGCUGAUUUCAUCACAAGAGGAGAAUCUGCAGUUAAAAUCGUGUCGAGCUCCCUGCGGUGGUCCGGUCCAGUUUGGUUGUCCCAUCCGGUCAACUUGUGGCCUGCAGUAGAUUUUUGCAACCAGCCUGAUGACAAUUAUAGUGAUGUGGUCAAGAAAGAACAAAGAGUGUUGUGCAAUCUUACUAGACUUUUGAGAGUGACAGCUUGGGUAAAAAGGUUUGCCCAUAAUGCCAAGCCAAAUUCUUCGAAGUUGAAAGGACCUAUUAGUGCUUCUGAACUUCAAAAUGCUUUGCAUACCUGGAUUAAAACUGUUCAACUCUUGCAUUACGAGAGUGAAAUCCAACAACUCCUCUCUCAAAAUACUUUGAGUAAACAUUCACGAAUUUUCAAUCUCAAUUGUAAACUUAAUGAUGAUAAUCUUUUAUUUUUACAGGGACGUUUGCAGUUCUCAAGCGAUGAUGUGAAAACAAAACAUCCUGUACUACUUCCUUCUAAUGAUAAAUUCGUUGAAUUAGAUGCUCAUGUCAAAAUAGGUCAUUUAGGUGUAGAUUCCACUUUAACUCACUUAAGAGAACAAUAUUGGAUAAUCAAAGGUAAACAAUUUGUCAAAAAGUUUUUAAGAAACUGUUUAAUAUGCAGACGUUAUAAGGUGAAACCUGGUACUCAAGUGGUAGCUCCGUUACCACCUGACAGAAUUAAAGAACAACCUCCUUUUGAUAUUUCUGGUGUAGAUUUUGCUGGACCUUUUUUUGUUACUGACUCUAAUAAUAAGUGUUAUUUGUUAAUUUUUACCUAUGCAGUUACUAGAACUGUGCAUUUAGAGCUAGUUAUUAAUAUGAAUACUGAUUCUUUUUUAUUGGGAUUUAGAAUAUUUGUUUCUCGUAGAGGAUUGUGUUCGAUUUUGUAUUCAGAUAAUGCAAAAGCCUUUAAAAAGGCAAAUAGUGAACUAAAAUGGUGGAAUCAAAUUAAUGAUCCUCAGGUAAAAAAUAUGCUUGCUUCUAAAAAUAUUGUUUGGAAAUUUAUUGUAGAAAAAAGUCCAUGGUGGGGAGGUUUCUGGGAGCCACAGAUACGUACAGUUAAAUCUUCUCUAACUCUUAAAGAAUUAGAAACUGUCUUUUUGGAAAUUGAAGCCAUGAUAAAUUCUAGGCCUAUUACGUAUCUUUAUAACGAACCCUCAGAACCUUCUCCAUUCACACCUUCUCAUUUUUUAGUUGGUAAAAGAUUAAUGUCUUUACCUGUUGUUAAGUAUAAACCUAAUGAUUUGAUUGUAAAUAGAGAUUCAUUAACUAAAAUGUAUAAAUAUCAACAAACACUUUUGGAUCAUUUCUGGAAUCGGUGGAGGAAGGAAUAUUUACUUCAUCUAAGAUCUGCUUAUACUUCUUCACCACCAGGUAAGAUAACAUCAUUUAAGGUAAAUGAUAUUGUUUUAAUCAAUGAUGACCGUUAUCCCAGAAAUAUAUGGAUGCUGGGAAGAAUUUUGGAAGUGUAUCAGGGACGAGAUGGGAACAUUCGUUCACUUUUGAUAAAAACCCCUAAAGGAGAUAUAAGACCACGGUGCGCCUUAACCAAAGUUAAAUAA